AUGGUUGAGGAAAAGCCCAAGGAAGGAGUCAAGACUGAGAACAAUCAUAUUAAUUUGAAGGUGAUGGAGCAGGAUGGUUCUGUGGUGCAGUUGAAGAUUAAGAGGCAAACCCCACUCGGUAAACUAAUGAAAGCCUUCUGUGAACCCCAGGGUUUGUCAAUGAGGCAGGUCAGAUUCCGAUUCUACAGGCAGCCAAUCAAUGAAGCAGACACACCUGCACAGUUGGGCAUGGGGGCUGAAGACACAGUUGAUGUGUUCCAGCAGCCGGCAGGAGGUAGCUACUAA